CCGUUUUACCAACUUUUAUCCAUUCACGCAUUCUUAAAGUCUGGGGAGAAUGUCAAACAAGUACCGCUAUGUUUCGUUUUGAUGUCGGGCAAGAAGAGACGAGAUUAUAAGAAGGUUUUUCAAGCUGUGCUAAGGUUAAUGCCAUCAACAAAUGUGGAGAAGUUUGUGUUAGAUUUUGAGGCCGGGUUGUGGCAGGGGUUACGAGAUGUUUUCCACGAGCCGCAAAUACAGGGGUGUGCCUUUCAUUUUGGACAAGCUUUGUGGCGUAAAGCUCAAGAUUUGGGGUUACAGAGUGCCUACAGCAACAAUGAUAAGGUAUAUAAACUGAUGAGGAAGACAUUCGCGCUCCCACUGCUGCCACAUGAAGAUAUUGAGAAGACAUUCGAUAAGCUACAGAGUCAAAAUACCGACGAAACCUUAGGCCAGUACUUUGAAUAUAUCAAAUCAACAUGGAUCAACAGUGACAUCUGGAGCCCUGAAAAUUGGUCCGUCUUCGGGUGUUCUAUCAGAACUAACAAUGACGUUGAAGGUUGGCAUGCUCGUCUUAACAGACGUGGGACGUCAAGGGUAACCUACCCUUCUACUUGUUAACUACUCUAUUGUUCCAGGAAGCCUGUGACAUACCUAUGAUCUACAAACUGGUGAAAGAAUCCAAACUUAGAAGAAUUCAGCGAAAGUCCACAAGAACCAUACAAUCUA